AUGAAACCGAAAAACAUAUUAUCCCCGACGCGGUUAUUCAGCAAGAAGGGUAAUAAUAAUAAUAACCCGAAUAAUGCUGCCGCCACGACGACGGAGAAGGAAAUAAGUAGGGAGGCGCCUACAACAACAAAGGUAAAAAGCGACGGUUGGCAUAGCAAAUGGAGCAUUAAAACCAAGAAACACCAAGUUGACAACGAAAGCGUUGCGAAUUUAAAGAACGAGGUUGAAAAGUUUAGAAACGGCGAAGCGAACGCGAAGAAAGAACUCGAGGCUGCCAAGGACCGGCUCGACGCCACUCACCACGAACUGGUCGACGCCAAGAAGCAACUAAGUCAGGUAAACGAUUCUUUACAGGCUGACUUAUCACGUGCGAGGGAUACCAUUCAAGAACUCCAGACGAAGUUGACCACCACGGUCGCCGAACUCGAGAGGUCCAACUCGUUAAUCAGGACCAAGAAUUCCGCCCUCGCUUCCAACGAAACCCGCCUCAGGAACACCGAAGAUCGUUUGGAAAAAACAAUUGCUGAUCUUGAAGAACUAAAACUUAACUUACAGAAAGCUAACAAUGCUCUUCAAAUUAAAGAUAAAUCAUUAGAAGACGCUCAGAAUUCCCAGAAACAGGCCACUAUCGCGCUCCAGAAUAAGGACAAGGCGCUUGAAGACGCUCAAUAUCUGCUUAAACAGACGAAAGCAACCCUAGAAAACGUGAAUGAAGCUUUCCGAACCAAAGAUAGAACGCUUAACGAUAUGAGAUCACAACUUAUUCAAGCCAGUCAAGAACUGGAUACAACAAAAGCAGACUACGAAUCCACAAAGGAACAAUUUGAAAACGCCAAGCUCGAACUGGAACAAACGAAAAUUGCUCUAAACAAUUCGCGGAAUCAAUUGAAUGAAUCACUUGCUCAACUUGAAGAAUCAAAUCGUGCCUUGGAUUCCACUAAAUCUUCACUCAAAGAUGCUCGCAACGAUCUUGGCGAGGCAAAUCGGGAAAUUGAAAGAACCAGAUCGACACUUCUCGAACUGUCUAAUCAACUUGUACUCACAAAAGAAGAACUUGAAGAGAUCAAAGCAUUAAAUCAAGAGUAUCCAGCUCAGAUCGCUCAACUUAAACGGGAACUCGAAGAAGCAAAAUCUCUGGCUAAAGAGGCUCCUGAACAACUUGCUCGCGUGAAACAUGAGCUUGAACAAACCAAGGCAGAUCUAAAAGAAUCAGAUGCAUUACGUCACGACGUGACACGUGAUUUGCAACUUACCCAAAAGGCAUUCCGAGAUAUCACGUCUAAACUAGGUGAUCUUCAUCGCACUUUGGAUGAGACAAAGUCUUCAUUAUCAACCUCGAAUUUUGAACUUACUCGCACAAAAGCCGAAUUAGAAUCAUGUCGCGUAGCAUUAGCAUCAAAAGAAGAGUCUCACGUUCUAGCAUUACAAGAAAAAGAAGAAGAAUCACGUACAUUGACAGAUUCCCUUCGGGCGGAAAUUGUCAAUCUAAAAAAUCAAGUUGAUAGCAGUAAGAUACUAAUUGAACGACAGAAGAAACAAAUCGCAGCAAAUGCUCAGACAGUAAAACAGUUACAGAGUGAAAAACAGAAUCUAACAAAGAAAAAGGUUGAAGAUUCAAAGAAACACUAUGAAACUGAAGCAGACAAUGCAAAAUUACGUCAAAAAAUGCAAUUACAAAGAUACCUUUUAAUAGCGCGCGAAAUCGAAGAAGCAAAACACGAACUUGAACAAUUACGAACGGAUAAUGCUCGUCUGCAGAGAUCAUUAGAAGAAAUGGCCGCUGAAGUAUCCUCAAGUGGUUUCCGAUCUCGAACAACAAGCACAAGUUCAACAAAGUCUUCGAUAAGUUCCAAAUCAUCACGUUCAAAUCAUGUCACGAUUAAUGCGUCGCCAAAAACGAUGUCUUUUCCAUCUACUCCCAUCUUGACUAAAGCCUCUAACGUCCCUACCACCACAAAUAACUCCAACAUGGUUAACACUCCAACAGAGCUUAAUAAACCAUCAAGACAAUCGGGAAAACCAAAGCAAUCGUCGACGGCAAGUGGUGUCCAUGUGGAUAUAAUCAAAAUGGGCUUAACGGUUUUUGGUCGCAUUUAUUUGUUCUUUUUUCGAUGA